UAUGAAUUAUAAUCUCAAAACUUUCGAUACCAUAAAAUGGUUAAGAAAUCGUUACAAAUCUAGAGUAAAAGAUUAAUACAUUCUUUAUGAAUCAGAACUCAAAGAAUAAAAUAUGAUGAAAGCAGUAUUUAACUCUAUAGAUAGAGAUAAAUCAAGUAUAAAUUAUCGUUUAAAUCUCAUUAGAAUUUCUAGACAGAUCUGAAUUAUAUGAUAUGUUUAUUAAAUAUGGAAUAAACAUCACCAAAUCUAAACUUAAAGAAUUCUUCAAAAGCAUUGAUGAAGAUGAAGAUGGUAUAUAAUAUAAAAAAACUUUUAGAUAAAUUGAAUUGGACAGAUUUUAAACAAGCCUUAUAAAAUCAAGAAGCUUUAGGAAGUAUCAUUUUAUUUAAUAAUCCUUUAGUGUUUGUUUAAUUAAUGAAGAAAAUAAGAGAAGAUUAUGAAAUCAAUCAAACUGACCCUUCUAAAUAAUUAACUUUUGUUCCUUUAAGUUUUCCUUAAAUGAUACAAUAUAUGAAUUAUUGUGUUUUGAGAGAAGAAAUUAUUGAUAAGAUAGAAUCUGAUAAUAUAAACAAUUAUUAGAAGCAUAAAUAAUGUGUAAAUCUUCUUACUUUAGAAGAUAAUUGUUACAGAAAUAUUAAGCAAGAUCUUAAAGAAGAAGAAAAUGAUUAAGAAGAUGAAAUUAAGAAUCUUUAGAAAAUUGAUCAUUCGUAAUUGUUAUAAAUGAAAAGAUUUCAAGAAAGAGAACUCAAAUUUAAAAGAUUAGUAAUACAAAUAUCUAUUUAUAGGAAAAAGUUAAAGAUAUAAGCAAAAAAAAUUUUUAUACAAAUCCAAUUUAAGACUUAAGUGUAACUGACAAUGUAAGAUUGUAAAUAUUAUAGAUUUAUAUAUAGAUCAGAUAUUACAGAUAUAAAAGUCAAUCUCACAUAGGAAAUUAAUAAAACAAGAGAAAAUAUUGAUAAAUUUUUAGCAAUUCUUAAUAAUGAAAAAUUUAAAUUACAAAAAUCAAGGCAAGCAUCUCGAGUCUCUUCUCGAUAAAAAUCAAGAGAAAAGAAAAAUGGAAUUUUUAAGAAAAAUACAAUCCUUGUUGAAGCAGAAAAAGAAUUACUUAAUGCAUCAGCUCCAGAACAAAAUAAAUUUAAACAACUAAAUUCUGGAUCUCUUCAUAAAAAUAAAGUAUUUAUUAUUUAUAAAUUCUAUAAAGUAUCCAAGAGAAAGGAUAUUAUCAUUAAGUAUGAAAUAUAAAUGA